AUCGCGAAUCGCUACAGAGAGGAAAGCGAAUCACUUCCGUCAGGACACACGCUGGGUUCAUCAUCAUGGCGGCGGGACCGAUUUCAGAACGAAAUCAAGAUGCCACUGUAUAUGUGGGUGGUCUUGACGAGAAGGUCUCUGAACCUUUGUUAUGGGAGCUUUUCCUGCAAGCUGGUCCUGUUGUAAACACACACAUGCCCAAAGACAGAGUAACAGGACAACAUCAGGGUUAUGGCUUUGUGGAGUUCCUCAGUGAAGAGGAUGCAGACUACGCCAUAAAGAUCAUGAACAUGAUCAAACUUUACGGCAAACCCAUACGAGUCAACAAGGCUUCGGCACACAACAAGAACCUUGACGUCGGCGCCAACAUCUUCAUUGGCAACUUGGACCCUGAGAUCGACGAGAAACUGCUUUAUGACACUUUCAGCGCUUUCGGCGUGAUCCUUCAGACACCGAAGAUCAUGCGAGAUCCAGACACGGGCAACUCGAAGGGUUACGCUUUCAUCAACUUUGCAAGUUUUGAUGCCGCCGAUGCAGCUAUUGAAGCCAUGAAUGGCCAGUAUCUCUGUAAUCGGCCCAUCACGGUUUCAUAUGCCUUUAAGAAAGACUCAAAGGGCGAGAGGCAUGGCUCAGCUGCAGAGCGCCUCCUGGCCGCCCAGAAUCCACUUUCACAGGCCGAUCGUCCCCAUCAGCUUUUCGCAGAUGCUCCUCCACCUCCCACCAUUCCUACACCGGUCAUGACCGCCCUUGGAACAGGGAUUCCAAUUCCAGGUUAGUUAAAGGGAUAGUGG